ACUUUCUGAAUUUUUUUUUCUAUUUCGGUUUGUAUGAAUUUAAAUUCUAUAAUAUUAUUAGUUUUAAAUUUCAGAUUUUAUUUAUUUAUUAAUUAAUUUUUAAUAUAAAAAAAUAUAUAAAAAAUGCAAAAUUAAUUCGUAUUUAAAAUUGAUAUAUUCCGAAGAAUUGAGGGCGUCGGACUAUACCGACGGACUAUGGUUCGUCGGAAAAUACCGACGGAGCAGGUUCCUCGAAAAAUUCCGACGAACCAUUGUCCGUCGGUAUCUUCCGACGAACCAUAGUCUGUCGGUAUUUUCCGAGGACUCCGUUCAUCGGUAUAGUCCGAGGAACGUGCUCCGUCGGUAUAUAGUUUUUCCGAUGAACUCUGGUCUCGUGUGUCCGCAUCGGAAUAUCGUCGGAAGUUCGUCAGAAUGACGUUUCUCUGUAUUCGUCAGAAAGUCGUCGGAAGGUCUGACGAAAUUCUGACGAAUACUUUUUUUCCGACAAAAUGAUACCGACGAAUUGGUUCGUCAGAAAUUCGUCGGAAUCGGUCUAUUCCGACGAAUUUCUGACGAUUUCGGCCAUCAGAAUCUCUAUGUUUUCUUGUAGCGAUUAGUGAUUUGUCAAAAAUCAAAAUGCAGUCAUUGUUAACGAUUAUGUGAAUGGGUGGGCGUUCAAGUAUCCGUUCGGAUUCGGUUCGAAUCUACUGAGGUUUUGGGUUUUUGGGGUUAGAGAUUAAGACCUAUUUGGAUAUUUUAAAAUUUUGGUACGGGUUCGGUUUUGAUCUUUCCAUGUUUGUUUUGGGUUUCGGGUUCGGAUAACCCAUUUAAAUUAUUUAUUUAUUUUUAAUCCAAAUAUAUUUUUUAAUUCCAAAAAUCAAUAAAUAAAAUAAUAUAUAAAUUUGAAUAAUGUAUGUCAAACUACCUAAAAUUAACAUAAAAUUGAUUUUUUGGAUAUUUUGAUGAAGAAUGAUUAGGUAAUUCGAGUUUUUGGUGUUUUCAGUGAUAUUAGUUGUUCACAUAUUAAACUAAUUUCGGUUUGGGUUUGGUACUAUUUUUUGGUUUGGAUUCGGUUUUCUUCUUCGGAUUCUGGUAUUUUAUUCAUCCCUACUUAUGUGAGAAACCAUCAUCAUCAUCGGUUUGAAACCAUUAUUUUCAAUGCUAGUAUGUUUAUAAAUUUGGAUGCAACUUUUGUUAAUGUAAGAAACAAGACCUUAAUAUGUAUUUUAAGUGAGUAACAAAUGAUUUUGUCCAUAAUUAUAUGUAUAUUAUUUGAUUUUGAACCAUGUGUUGAAACAGUAUAAAUAUUUUAAAUUAAAUUAGAGAAGUAAACUAGAAAUAUAGGGUCAAGUAUUCAUAUGUUCGGUUAUUUUAGAAUAUUCAUUCAGGUUUGGAUAUUAUAUGUUCGGGUUCGGAUAUCCAAUCUCUACUAAUUUAAUACUCGUUCGGGUAUUUUGAUACUUCGGUUCGGAUUUUGGUUCGGGUUUUUCAGAUCGGGUUCGGAUAUGAUGUCAUGAAAAGAAACCUAGUUGAAUCCCCUUGUGUUACCAACGGUUCAUUCAGUCCCAUUCCCGCCUACAUCGAAAAUAUCAACCGUUAAACUUAUCUCGCCUCCCAUUCUCAUCUUUUUGUUGAAUGAAAAAAAAACAUUUUAAAAGAAACAAAUAAUUUUUAAAAAAUAUUCUUUUAUCAACAAACCAUUUGUAUAAAAAAAUAUUUCUUUCCUUUUCUAAAUAUGCCUAAAUAAAUUGAUGAGAAGAAUUCACUGUUUCACAAAUAAUCAUUCCUUACUUUAUUCAGCAUAUUUCUUUUGAAAUUAGUCUCCCAUAAAUUUGUAUUUUAAGAUAGAUAUCUUUUCUCCAAAAGAAAGAUAUAAUUUAGAUUUGAAAUUUCCACAAAAUAUGCAUUUCCCUAAAAUACCUUUAACAAUUAUCAUACGACUAAGAUACAAUAGAAGCCCAAUGAAAAACAGCUUUUAGUUACCCUUGUUUUGGUGUUCAAACAAAAAAACAAAACAAAAGUUCACCUAGUUUAUAUCCUUUCUCCUAUAUACUUUCUGCCUGGAGAGAUAUUAGGUCAGAAAUCACUACUAGAAGAAGAUGGUGAUGAUAACCGACCUUCCAUUUGAUCAGGAAAAGAAGAUACUCGCCCGUGUUCCGAAAGAGUCUCGACCACAAUGGCAAACUACUUGCAAGAGAUGGUACGCUGUACGCCAAGAUCUACUCUCCAAGAAACACUUGGCUCGAACAGGAAGAGAGUUCAUCUUAUUGUUGAAUACUAAUGUUUUUUCAACAACCAUCAACCUCCAGGGAGUCCAUAACAACGUUGAUCCGGUGAUGGAGUUCGGAGGUAAACUUGGAUCUUUACAAGAUUCAAAUGAUUUACAAAUACAUGAUAUUUUCUACUGCAAGGGGUUAGUGCUAUGCACUAUGGUGGGAAAACAAAUGCUCGUGGUUUGCAACCCUAGUAACCGUGAAACUAGGUAUGUCGAACCUAGAACAAGACAUGGCUGUUUCGAAUAUGCUCUUGGAUACAAAGGCAGCAAGUCUUCUUGUGUUAAUAGCUACAAGAUCUUGAGGUAUUGUCGUUAUUUCGACAAGCAACUGAUGCGUACGGUUUCUGAGUUUGAACUGUAUGACUUCAUGUCUGACUCAUGGAGGGUUUUAGAUGUUGAUGAGCACGAUUGGGAAAUAUCUGCUCGUGGCGUCUCUGUGAAAGGAAACACUUACUGGGUUGCUAAAAAGAAGGACGACCAGUUCAUACUCAGUUUUGAUUUCACUAGAGAGAGAUUUGGGCUUCUCCCUCUUCCGUAUGAGAGUGUUGGUACUGAAGAUUCCAUUAAUUAUAAGUAUGACGAUACAGCUGUUCUGUCAGUUGUUAGAGACGAACAACUCUCGGUGUUACAUCAAUAUCUUCAUGUGUAUUCAUCAGAGAUGAAGAUAUGGGUAAGCAAUACAAUUGACACCAAAAAGGUGUCGUGGAGCGAGUUCUUGGUAGUGGACGUAGUGUUGUUAAAUGUUGUUAGUUUCGUGGUUGACGAGGAGCAUAAAGUGGCAGUGUGUUGUAGUACAGGCAAGGAUGAUCCUGAUGAUGAGGAUGAUCCUGAUGAUGAGGAUGAUCCUGAUAAUGAGGAUGAUCCUGAUCAUGAGGAUGAUCCUGAUGAUGAUGGUGAAGAAGAGUGCACCAGCAUUUCAAUUAUUGGAAAGAAUAUACAAAGUCUUGUUUAUGAUGAAGGGGCUAUGGAUGGAUCAUGGCCUCAUCUCAUGAAUUACGUUCCAAACCCGGUUCAAAUUUUAAGGAAGGGUACGCGCAAAAGCAAAAGGAAACGAACUACAAGAAGUUAUGAACCGGAGGGCAGUUCGGCAAGAAGCGUUGAGGAAACGAAAGUGACACCAAUAGACAAAGCUAAACGAGUUUUUAGGGUUAUUUUGAAUGUCCCAAAAGAGUUUAGGAAACGAGAGUGAACCCAUACCUAAAGCAUAUCGAAGUACUCCUGCUGUUGCUUUGAAUAUCCCAAAUAUUUCUAUCUUUUCUUCUCUUUUUUUUGGACAAUCCUAAAGGUUGUAAUAAAUUGAACGCAUAUUGAAGUUUAUUAUCUUAUUUUGACUCUUAAAAUCAGAGUGAAUGCAAUGGCUUUGUAUUUCAUUGAGGAUCUGUAUUGAUUGUAUUUAUCGGUGAUUACUAUCAGUAUCGAAUAUACAUCAGAUAAAUGCGAAUGAAACACACACUAACUGUAGUUGAACCUUCUUCAAGGACCAAGGGAAGAUUUUUUUCUAGUUGAGACAAUAGAAUUGCUUAGUAAAACGCUCCAUCAACACCACAACUUUGUGGCUUAACUGUAAAGCUUCGACAAGUAAUGGUCUUUGCGGUUGUUUACGGUAUUAACACGAACUCAAAACUUCAUUCUAGUCUCGUAUAUACGUACUUUAAUGGACUACUCUAGAAAUAUUCUUGACAAUUAACCAUUAUGCACUCAACACUUAUUUGUUUGUCCAUACGUAUGGCUUUUAUAUCCAAGAAAAUGGCCUUUCUUGCGUCACAAGAAACAUGUUUUCGAUUUUAUCUCCUCGUUUUGAUUCUAUAUAUUUAAUGGAAUAAACUGUUAAAUGUCAUUGACUCUGGUGUUAUAACCUAAAAGCCAUGCAUACACUCAUAGUCAAAUUGCAAUGUCUUAUAUUAGAACUUGUGGUCAGAUAACUUAUCUCAACAUUAUUUCUAAAAACAGCAAACUUUUUCUCUAUCAUUCCUUAGAACUUGUGGUUUAACUAAGAAUCAGAUACAACAACAAUCCUGUCCAAGAAAUUGUAUUAAUAGUUCUAGUGGAAGCAAUCAAUCGCAAGCGUCUA